AUCUUUCAAUAUUCAGCGAAAAUGGUAUCCGGUCGUCCUCUACUCUACCUCUCACUGCCCGGUGUAGCAUUUAUACUCGGCGUCUUUUGGUUUCGGCGUAGAUAUAAAAAUUGUUUAGACAAGCCCGACGACGAGGACUCAUCGGCCAUCAAUGACUCGUCGAUUGAACCCACUGUGCAGGCGCGCAAGGCCAACGGAGUCCUGCAGAAUGGCAAGCUGCCACAGCAGCCGGCCAGCAAGUCGAUGAACAUCGACGGAACUUUAGUUAACGGAAGCGGUAGCGGAUGUAGCAGUGAUGAGAAGGACAGUCCCACUACCAUGUUGUAUGGUAAAUCAGCACCCAUCAAAAUCCAGAGCAAUGGACGCUCUUCAAAUGGCAAGCAUCAGCAGCAGAUCGAUUCCGAAAUACUGAAGUCAAAGAUACAGGACGCCGAGCACAAGACACUCUGCUCAAUAGACGAGGAUUUCGAGAAUCUAUCGUCGCCACGUGAUUUACCCGAUUCGGUAAACACACGCAUCUCGUUCUACAAUCGUAAGACUAGCCAGAAGACGGUGGAACCGGUGGUGAUUAAGGCCACGCGCACACCCAAAAUAUCGCCAGAGAACUCCUUCCUGGAUACCAACUACACCAACAAGGAGUGCGAGCAGAACAACAACUGUGAGCCCAAGGAGGAGCCCGCCAAGGAGGAGCCCGCCAAGGAGGAGUCCUCCAAGAAGGAGGCCGAUCAGGAGGAGCUCGAGCAGGAUCAGGAGCAGACGGUGCUGAAGGAGGAAGUGGUUGAUAACAAUGGCAAUCAGAAGCGCAAUGUGGAUGCGGCCAGUCCAUCGCUGAGCAUUUGCAGUGUGCAAUCGGGCGAUUCUGGCAAGGGAUCCAGCUUGCCGCGCUCGGAGGCGACACGCGUGAAGACCACCUAUGAGUUCCUCUUCCCGAUCAGUCUGAUUGGUCACUUGUACGGCCGCAAGCGGGCGUUUAUCAACCAAAUCAAGGCCAAGACCCUGGCCAGCGUGUCUCUAGGCAAGAAUCCCUACUCGGGCAAGGUGCGCAUCUGUACCAUUGAGGGAACGGAGAGCGAGAUUGAUGCCGCCCUGGCCAUGAUCCGUCAACGUUUGCCGGCCAAGCGCUAUCCGAACUUCACCAUGCAACGCAUCCACUUUGCGCUUCCCCAGACCAUAGUUCCUCUUUCGACCGAAAGCCUCUACAAUCUACAACUGAAACUGAUCGAGGGCAUCAACAACGAUGUGGUGGUGAGUGCGGUGCUAUCUGGGUCGCAUAUUUUCAUCCAGCACCCGCUGCAUCCCUCGCAUCCAUCGUUGCCUUUGCUGCAGAAGCAGCUGUACGAUAGCUACUCCACCAUGGAGGCGCCAUUGCUGCCCAGUUUGGAGCUCAGUGCCGUGUGCGUGAUACCCAUCAAUGAUGUUUGGUAUCGCGUCCAGAUUGUCGACACAGACCCCGAGGACGAGGAGCGUUGCGUCAUCAAGUUUCUCGACUUUGGUGGUUACAUGAAUGUCGGCUUCAACACACUGCGACAGAUUCGCACCGAUUUCAUGAAUGUGCCCUUCCAGUCCACCGAAUGCAUCCUGUCCAACAUUGAGCCCAUCGAUGGCACCUGGUCCAUCGAGGCGGCCGAAAUCCUCAACCAACUUACCAAAGGCAUUGUCUUGCAAGCACAAGUCGCCGGCUAUAAUAGUCACAACAUACCAGAGAUCUUUUUAUUCGCAUCCCUAGGUCCCAAUAAUGUAAUCUUUAUCAAUAAGGAGCUGGUCGGCAGAAAGCUCGCAAAUUGGGUGGAGAUGAGUGACUAACAGCCUUAGUGAACAACUUAACUAGCAACCAAGAACUAUAUGAAAACUUAAAAGCAAACUUAAACAACAAUCACUCAAACACAAAUCAAGCAACUUGGCGGUGCAGCAAAAAAGGAAUGCUUGAGUCUUGCGCAACAGGCUCCAGGAUGCGGAUUCGGAUCAAGGAUUUCGUAUGCAGCUUUUGCAGUUAGCAUGUAGCAUUGUAGCACACAGCAUAUAGCAGUUGCCUGAUUCCAAAAGAACUGGCAAGUGCAGAGGCCUCAACACAAA